AUGUGCCCGCCGUUGGCCGGGUGCUCGACGACACCGUCUAUUAAAGACGUGUUCGUGUCCGCAGACUGUUGGGAAACUUUCCUCCUUUGGAAUCCAUCCUCUUUCGAGGCACCCCUCGAUCAACACCCCCCCAUACCCAACCCAGCAACCAUGGCCCAGGCCUCGCCUUCGUGGCAGAGGCUGAUGGGGCUGCUGUCGGUGCUGCUGGCACUGCUUCUCGGCGUCUCGGCCGGGUCGCACGGUGCUGCUGCCGCCGGCUGUCCCGCCGACAUUGCGUCGGCCCCGGAGAGCACUUGGUCCGUCGACUUUGACAACAGGACCGACGUUGCUGAGACUCAGUCAGAGAGCUCGUACGUCGUGAACCUGAAGGACGAGGUCACGAAGCUUGAGGCGACCAGCUUGCACGGCAUGGGCGCCCGAUCCGGCUUCGAGGCAUUCGCCGUCGAGAUCCCGGCUUCGUGCCACACUCCAAGCAUGAAGAGCUCGCUCAUCGAGCUGCCCAUCAGCUUCGCCAGUCUGCACAUGCACCUGCAGAAUAUCCGGACCAAAUAGCCUCGAUGGCGGUUUGUUGAACUUCCCAAACCGCCGGCACGAGACAUCAGCAAUCCGUGUUGGAUCGACCCCAGAAACGAUCUCCGACACAACCCUUAAAAAAGCCCUUACGUCGGGUUGUGCUUGAGUGUAUCACAUACUACACGCCGAGCAAUUCCCGAGCCCAGCUGCCCAAAGACAUGGAGCGGCCUUUUACCUGGACGAACGAAAGAAACGACAAGAAUCUCACGAAACGAAACGAAACGAAACGAACAAAAACAAUGGAAAACCCGAAACGAUACCACGGAAAAUAUCCCCUCGGUCACACACGCCUGGUCGAGAAGUACGAUGAACGACUCUUUCUUUACGUCGCAGAUACCAAACCCCUUCUCCCUCCUCGGUGAGGCUUCAGCCAUUUGGCUCUUUGAAUAAAUC